UAGAGGACUACCCAUUUGCCCAUUUAAUCAUAAUUUGAUCUGUUCUAGUUGAAUUGCACUGUUGAAUUGAUGAACUGGGUGAGGCAGAGAGGGCUGGUUUCUUUAGGGAGGCGAUUGCAUACCUAUGAUGGGCCAAGUGAGAGCUUGAAGAUGAAGAUGGCGGAGUUGGAGAAGAUGAGGAAGAGCAAGAGCUUCAAGAAACGAAAGAACAGAGUGUUCGUUGAGGUUCCGGAGCCUUUGACGUACUUAGACACAGCCACCAUGCCCAUGUAUCUCGCCGCUGCCGGAAUAGCUCUCUUCGCUAAGCUCCUCAUGAUGUAUGAUGACUCAAGGUCGCAAGAAUUGAUUGAACGCAAGAUAAGGAAUGCUCCUGCUGAUCAAGGCACUGUUCGGAUGCUCAGUCGUGAGGAAUGGGAAGAAAUUCGAGCACAGAGGCCGAGGACUCCGUUUGAAUCCAAACUUGCUCGUCCAAAUGCCCGUCUAAGAACUGGAGAACCAGUGCGCGUGGAGGAUUUGAAAGAUUGGACAAUUGAUGUGUUCACGGAUGCAUUUGCUCGGGCUGAAGAAAGUGUUAGACAUGGUUCCAAGUGACUUGUCCCUAUACUUUUGAGUAGUAUUACAUGGUCAAAAGUGAUAUGAUCUGAGGUAUUGAUAUGUUGAUGGCACAUCCAAUAAUCAUAUACUGAGUUCUACAAUGGUAUGUCAGAUAAUCAAAGCACUUACCAGCUAACUUAUACCAUCUAUGAGGUUCUGAAAUAAUCUUUCUGACAAACCACAUGGUUAUGGUGACUAUUGUUACAAAAUGAUGAUUUAAGUUGCUGUAACAUCUGGAACCCUGAGAUAGUAUUACUAUAUGUGAAAAUCUUUCAGAGUUUCUGAGAAA